AUGACCGUCGGCACAAGUACACAGGGAGGCAGCAAGACGGGAGUCUACGCCGCCGCAGCCGCGCUGCGGUUGCUGCUCUUUGUUGCGUUCCCCGGCCUGCCUGACCUACUCACCGGCCGCGUCGAGAUCUCGACCCCCGUCACGAGCUUCAAGCGAUUACAAGAAGGGCUCUUCCUCUACAACCACAAUGUCUCCCCCUACGACGGCGGUGUCUAUCACCAAGCGCCCCUCUUCCUCCCCCUCUUCUCUCUCCUCCCGGACCUGAAGUCCUUCCCGAUCUUCACAUACCUUCUCUACAUACUUGUCGACACCCUAAGCGCGGAUGCUCUCUCCAAGAUCGCCGAAUCUGGUGAGGCCGGGUCUUCUCACCUCUUCGCCUCUCCCCGCCGCGGCAAGAGGUGGAAUGGCCUCAUCGUCGCAUCACUCUACCUCUUCAACCCCUUCACCAUAGCUACCUGCAUAGGCCGCUCUACUUCCGUCUUCUCAACAUGCGCCAUCCUCCACGCCGUCGCCAAGGCCAUCUCCGGCGCUCCCCUCGGUGCAAUGGUCGCCCUCUCCUUCGCGACAUACUUCUCAAUGUACCCUGUCCUCCUCCUCCCGCCGCUGGUACUGCUCGCCUACGAUCGCCAGGACCCCUCCCGACGCACCACCUCCUCGACCGCACGCUUCGCCGUCGCAAACGUCUCCGUUGUCGCGGCCGUCCUCGCCGCCCUCUUCCUCAUAUCAUUCCUCUUGACCGGCGGCUCCUGGGAGUUUCUCUCCAGCACAUAUGGCGCCCAAAUCACCCUCAACGACCUGACCCCUAACGUGGGUCUGUGGUGGUACUUCUUCGUCGAGAUGUUCGACUCCUUCCGCCCCUUCUUCCUCGCCGUCUUCUGGCUCCAUCUCUCCAGCUACGUCGGCCCCCUGACGAUCCGCCUCCGCACCCAGCCGCUCGUCGUCGUGACCCUUCUCCUCGGCAUCUUUGCCAUCUUCAAGCCGUACCCGUCGAUAGCAGACACGAGCCUGUUCUUGGCGAUGCUCUCGCUGUUCCGCCACGUCUUCCCGCUGAUGCGCUACACCUUUGUCGGCGCCGCGACCAUCAUGUACGCCUCCUUCCUCGGGCCGGCCUUCUACCAUCUGUGGAUCUAUGCCGGUAGUGGAAACGCGAAUUUCUUCUACGCUAUUACGCUGGUAUGGAGUUUGGGCCAGAGCUUGCUCGUCAGCGAUCUUACGUUUGCGGUGCUACGCGACGAGUGGGAGGUUGAGAGGCCCGAGAUGGUCGGAAAGGAGAUCCGGCAAAUCUAA